AUGGAUAGCGAGAUGGUUCUCGCCUUCCUCCCGGGUGCUGCACAGGGCAUCACAUCCGUUGUGUUAGGACACCCGCUAGACACUGCCAAAACACGGAUGCAGGCAUUAGGACCCUGUGCGGGUCGAUCCUUUCCACGUACAAUGUGGAAUAUGGCUCGCGUGGAGGGAGUGAAGAGCCUUUACCGCGGCGUUACUCCACCGUUACUGAUGUCAGCAACAAAACGUAGUUUACAAUUUGCCAUUUGGGAUCUUUUCCGACGUCAACAAGAACAACAACAACAAAAACAGCAAGAACAACAACAACAACAAGAGAAUAAUGAUAAUGGGAACUCUAUUACAACUUCCUCAUCCUAUGUUAUCCACUGCCUCUCUCAAACGUAUGGAUGGAUUGGUGCCUCACCUUUUCGUGCAGGUGCCUUUGCAGGUGCAGUAGGUACACUCAUUGGAUGCCCCAUGCAUGUUAUAAAAAUUCGUACACAAUUUGUCACACACAAUGAGACCCGAAAUGCCUGGACAUGUGCACUAGAUAUUUUUCGUAUAGAAGGUCUUAAAGGCUACUACCGCGGUUUUCGUUAUCAACUUCUAAAAGACACUCUCUUUGCUAGUUGCUAUCUUGGAUUAUAUGAUGUAAGUAAGCGUUGGCUGCAGGGGCAGUAUUCCCCGGCGUGGGGCACUGGUGUGGCGGAUGUUUUCCGUGAUGCCUCCGCGCCACAACUCGCAUUUCUCUCCGGCAGCCUCGCGUCCAUGGCGACGUGGACUCUCUUGUAUCCACUCGACACUAUCAAGACAAUGGCGCAGGCGCGGGGUGUAGGAGUCUUCCGUGGUGGUGUUUCCAUUCCUCAUGGGGUGUACGGCAGUGGUGGGAUGGUGGGAUGGAUGAGUGUGCGGGGGAUGUACAGAGGACUGGGCGCCUCGCUGGUGAAGGCGGGGCCGGUGUGCGGGGCCGCGAUGGUCGUCUACGAGUGGGCAAAGACCGCAGCGGACAGCCGCCGCCGCCGCGUCCAACAACAGCGAUGCGGGUUUGAUAAGUGUGGACAAUAG